CUUUAGGAAGCCCACGGGAGCUGGCUGGGCGUAGUGGGAUGCUGAGGAGACACUCAGCUUGCAACUGGAGAACCGAGGUUCAGGGAUGUGCUCUGUCACACACUUAAAAGCCAGGCCUCAUUGUUCAGCAGCUCGGGUUCUUUCCAGCCCUGAGCAGAAGUUGAGCAAAAGCCUCCUCCACAAUCUCCUUCCUGUUGCCGGCAUUAUCUAGUUUGUUGGGGAAGUCUGAGUAAACACAUGAGGGCAAAGUCUUUCUGACGUGUUCCAUUUUCUUAUGAAAUGCGCGUCGCAUCACCGCAAGAUGAGGCAGAGGCAAAGCACCAGGAUUAGGAGCUGCAUGAGAGCACUCAACCCCAACCUUUCUGGGCCAGGAGGUCAGACCCCUGCACUCACCACGGGACUGUCACAUGCUGAGUGUUCCCUCUCCAUCCAGCAACACUCCAGGGCCAGGCUGUGCUCCACAGCCCACGGAACACCCAGACAGAAGUGUCACUGGGGUGACCACAAGGUAACAGCGCUACUAGGGCUCAGCUGGCCCCGUCGCAGCCCCCAAAGCCCACUUUGGGCUGUAGUGCUCACCCCGCAGCUUUGUGAGCCCAACCUGAUGGAGCACCCAGCUGCCACCAAGCAGGGCUUUUGAUGCAGCCCCCGAGGUGGAGCCCCCGGAGGGCUCGGCACAACACAUGCUGAGCUCUGCGUGGAAACCCGCUGCGGCGGGGGCAGCCUCUCUUCCACUUCCCCAUCUCGGGCCGUGUUGCACUGACACCAGUGAGGCCACUUCCUGGCAGGUUUGCGACACGGGCUGCGGAAAGGCAGAAGCACAGCUAAAAAGGAGCAGGGAGAGGCCGAGCGAGGAAGACGGGCACUGCAGGGCGAGUCCCCCAGCGUGGUCGGGUACCCCGCAUCCUGCUCCCACCGCACCAUGUCUCUGGUCGAGACGAUCCGGCUGUGGCAAGAGGGGGUGUGUGCCGCAGACGGGAAGGAGUGGAGGGCAGCCCUGGAUGCCUUCACGGCCGUCCAGAGCCCCCCAGCCAAAAUCUGCUACAACAUCGGCUGCAUCUACCUCGUCCUGGGGAAGCUGGCUGAGGCAGAGGAGGCAUUCACCCAGAGCAUCAGCUGUGACAAGCACCUGGCUGUGGCCUAUUUCCAGCGGGGAACCGUCUUUUACAGGAGGCAGAACCACGAAAUGGCCAUAAAGGAUUUUAAGGAGGCGCUGGCCCAGCUGCGAGGCAACCAGCUCAUCGACUACAAGAUCCUGGGGCUGCGGUACAGGCUCUUUGCUUGUGAGAUACUUUACAACAUCGCACUGGUGUAUGCCACGAUGGAGGACUGGAAGAAAGCUGAGGAGCACCUGACGCUGGCAGCGUGCAUGAAGAGCGAGCCCCAGCACAACAAGAUUGACAGGGCGAUGGAAGCUAUCCUGAAGCAGAAGCUCUAUGAGCUGGUGGCAAUUCCCCCGGGGAAGCUGUUUCGACCAAAUGAAAAGCAAGUGGCUCAGCUGGAGAAGAAGGACUACCUGGGAAAAGCCAUGGUGGUGGCAUCCGUGGUGGACAAGGAUGAUUUUUCCGGAUUUGCUCCACUUCAACCGCAGGCCUCCGGUCCUCCACCCAGGCCCAAGACACCAGAAAUCCUCAAGGCCCUCGAAGGGCAGCCGCACCGUGUCCUAUAUGAGUUCAUCCCCGAGACCACUGAGGAGCUGCAGGUCCUGCCAGGAAACAUCGUCUUUGUCCUGAAGAAAGAGAAGGACAACUGGGCCACAGUGAUGUUCAACGGGAAGAAAGGGAUCGUCCCCUGCAACUACCUCGAGCCUGUGGAGCUCCAGAACAAGCUGCACAUCCAGGACGAAAUCCCUCCUGAACCCGAGAUUCCUGAGCCUCCCAGCUCCAUUGCUCCAGCAAAGGCCCGUCGGCCAGCACCAGACUACGUUCCUGUUACUACAACGCAGCCGAGAGAAGCUGCAACGGAAACCAAACCAGCACCUUGCAUUCUCAAGGUGCAUUACAAAUACACAGUUGCGAUGCAAGUCCAGCCAGGCCUCUCCUACAAGGAGCUCCUGAACCUCGUUUGCAAGAAACUGGAGCUCCAGCCUGAGCACACGCAGCUGAGGUACAAGCCUGUGGGCAGCGAGGAGCUGGUGACUCUGAGCACGGGGAACCUGGAGGCAGCUUGGAGCCACAGCAAGGACAACUGCCUGACGGUGUGGUGCGACAUCACGGAGGGAGAGGGAUUUCUACCAGACAGCGAACCAGAGGAGCCACAGAAGGCAAUGCUGGAGGAGAUGGGACCAACCCAAGUGGUAGCGCAGUACAGUUACGAAGCCACCCAGCCCGAAGACCUGGAGUUUCAGGCAGGAGAUGUGAUACUUGUUUUAUCCAAAGUGAAUGAAGACUGGUUAGAAGGCCAGUGCAAUGGGAAGAUAGGCAUCUUCCCAUCUGCUUUCGUUCAAGAUUAUAACACUAAAGACCCAGAAAUCUGAUUUCUAAAGAGCUAAAGGAGUCCUGGACCAAAGAAAAUUAAGAAAUCAACUGUUGCAAUUAAGUUUCCACCUUAAUCACUGCAUCUGAAAAUGGACUGAAUAUGUUAUUGCUACACAUAUUAAAUGCUUUAUUUUUGUUUUA